AUGUCAGUAGACGAGGGAGAUGCCCGGGUCCAGCGUUUGAAACGUAGCUGCGAAAUAAAACGCAUGAACUACGUGAAAAAAAUCCGUGCAAUUCACAGUCUGGCCAUUCAGAGCUCGGAGGAUACGUCUGUAAUACCUCGGUUAUUAGUGAUGGUUGAAACCCUUGAUCAGUUGUUAUCGUCGUUUACCAUUGAAGAUGAAGCGUUGCUGGGUCAUUUGUUGGAUUUAGGGUUAGACGGCGAAUAUCCUGAUACCGAGAGCGUCGAAAUCUUCGAAUUGGUCUGUUCCGCAAAAGCAAUCGCCAAUCGAUUUAUGCAAUACUGUCCCGAUAAAACAAUAGAGUCUACACACGGUGGUUCACAAGUGUCGCUGAACAAUGCGGGACGGGGUGUCCCAACGCCAGACGAGCAAUCGAUUCCUGACAAUGUGGUUGUAGAUGUUAGCCCGGGUGGCGUCCAAUCCAAUAACGCUGGCUCACUAGGAUCUAAUAAUCGUUUUGUUACUACAAUGGAUCGCCGAACAUAUUUGUCCGACAUUGAAAAAUUUUACUACUUGGUGGGAUGUUGCAAGGGGACCGCGCUAGAUGCUAUUCGGGGCAUCCCUGUAUCAGACAAAAAUUACAAGUUGGUGUGGUCCACUCUCGAAGAAAGAUUUGACAAACCACGUUUGGUCGCACGUUCCUUAGUCGAAAAAUUGUUAAUCGCACCGCGAGCUUCUUCCGAAAGCUUAAUUGAAUUGAACAAAUUGUUGGUAGCCUUCGACGAAGGGGUGUCGCUGCUUGAGUCCCUGAAUAUACCUAAUUUAGGUGAUUUUAUAUUAUUCUCUAUAGCUUCCCGGUGCUUGCCUACCUAUACUAUCAAGUUGUUCGAAGCCCAAUUAGUCAACGGUUUUCCUACGGUUCAUGAUUUAUUGAGGUUUGUGAAAUCUCGUGUGGCCAUUUUAGAAUGCAUUCCACAAGAGCCUACAUCGAAACAGCCAAACUCUCACAAAACUUCAAAGCCUACUUCACAUAAUACGAAGAAGCCGCCGCAGCACACUUCCAUGGUUACAAGCAGCAAUCCGUCAAACGCAGCACAGUCUUGCAAAUGUUGCAAUGGUACGCAUGGUCUGACAUCAUGUCCAAAGUUUAAAGGUUGGACGCAAGAAAUGCGUAAUACUUGGGCACGAGAUCAGCGGAUAUGUUUUCGAUGCCUACGUACCGGACAUUGGGUGACAAAAUGCAAGUCGUCGAAUGUUUGUGGUCAAUGUUCCCGAUGGCACCAUACACUAUUGCAUUCGGCUGGACCUGCAACAACCGCCAAGGAAGAGAGCUCAUCGAAGGUAGGGCAAUCGGAUGUGGCCACUACAUCGUCAUGUCUUGGUCAAAAUACGUUGACUUCAGUCAUCCUCGGGACAGCUCUUAUACACAUGGCUGACAGCGUCGGUGUACUGCAUACGGUGCGAGCGCUGAUCGAUUCAGCCUCACAAAUUAGUGCUAUCACUUCAGAGUGUAAAAAUCGUUUGGGACUCCGGAUGCGAAAGUGGACAGCACCUGUGACCGGUUUUGGUGGAGUUUCAGUACAAAAUGUUUUAGGAAUUGUCCAUUGCCAAGCACAACCCAGAUUUUCACCGGAACCAGUUUUCAAUUUUGAUGCAUGGGUGUUUCCAUCGAUAACGGCUGAAAUGCCGCGACACCCACUAUCACGCUCUAUUGCAGAAAAAUAUCAACAUCUUGCCUUAGCAGAUCCGUCAUUCAUUAACCCCGGUACCAUUGACGUUUUACUGGGCGCGGAUCUGUUUGCCCAAAUUUUAAAUGGAAAACGUGUGUCGGUCGGCGAUGCGUUCCCAGCGGCCUUCGGAACUGUGUUCGGCUGGACUGUUAUCGGGCCGGUUUCAAUUUCAUCAUCUAAUGUUUCCGUGUCAUGCCACGCAUCACUUACUGCUUCAGUGGAAACGUUGUUAGAGAGGUUCUGGGCGCUCGAAGAACCAGACGCGGCACCUGAAGAAUUUACGCAAGAUGGACAGUGUGAGGCAAUAUUUCGCGACGGAUGUACCCGUGAUAGUUCUGGUCGUUUUUGCGUACCGCUCCUGUUCCGUAAAGCAAUUCCCGAUGGCAAUUUUCGUGGAUCGCACGCUGUAGCUGAGAAGCGAUUUCAGCACUUAGAAAAGAAAUUGACCAACGAUCCUCGUCUUCGCAGUUUAUAUUGCGACUUCAUGUCUGAAUAUUUGACGCUGGGACACAUGUCUCCAGCAAAGUCCGAGGGGGACUAUUUUAUCCCACACCAUGCCGUCUACCGUCCUGCCGAUAUUAACCCGAAAAUCCGCGUUGUGUUUGAUGCUUCGGCGAUGUCAUGCUCGGGAGUUUCCUUGAACGAUUGCUUGUUUUCGGGACCAAAGCUGCAGCGCGAUGUUGUGGAUGUCUUAUUACUGUAUCGAGUCCACCGUUUUGCCUUCACGACGGAUAUAAGCAAGAUGUACCGUCAAAUCUCCUUGUCUCCAUCGCAUCGACGAUACCAACAUAUCUUGUGGAGGUCAUCGCCCGAACAAAAGUUGCAAGUGUAUGAGCUUAAUACUGUGACUUAUGGGGUCAACUGCGCACCCUACCUCGCGAUAAAAGUGCUGCGGUCCAUUGCGGAGCUUGAGUGUAACGAUUUUCCGUAUGUAAAGGAAGCCCUAUUAUAUCAAACAUAUGUGGAUGACAUCUGCGUUGGUGGUGACACGUUAGACGAAGUUCUCUCUCUCCCAGAUGGUCUUAUUCAAGUUUUGCAGCGUGCUGGUAUGGAGUUGAAAAAAUGGGCCAGCAAUACUACCUUCAUACUCGAUAAGGUUCCCUCCGAGGACAGGGCGUACGAACCAUUGGCGCUCGACGAUUCUGCCGGCACCGGAACAAAGGUAUUAGGUCUACAAUGGUCUCAUCAGGAUGAUACGUUCAUUUAUAAUUUUCAACCCGAACGGCACGUAUCCACGAAACGUGGCAUGUUAUCAUUGAUAGCACGAAUGUUCGAUCCACUUGGACUAAUAUCCCCUGUCACAUUUUUUGCUAAAGCGCUAAUGCAACGUGUGUGGAAAGCUGGGCUUUCAUGGGAUGAACCACUGCCUCAAGAAAUUGCGGAACCUUGGUGCAACUUCGUCGAUGACUUACCCAAUUUGCAAUGUGUUCGCAUACCUCGAUUCAUCGGCACACGCCGAGAAAUGCAGUGUUCCAUGUGUGGGUUUUGUAACGCGUCGUCAACCGGCUAUGCAGCUGUGGUGUACCUCAGAGUGACUGGCUCGUCAGGCAACCCUGUCAUCUCACUACUUGGAGCACGAUCAAAGAUUGCCCCUUUGAAAUCCUCGACAAUUCCAAGAUUGGAAUUAUGUGCGGCGCUCUUGCUCUCUCGUUGGAUGAGUCGCCUGACAUCGUUGGUACCCACAUGUCAGUGGCAUUAUAUCGAAUCAGCUCUCAACCCGGCUGACUGUGGUUCACGAGGGCUCACCCCAUCGGAUUUCAUCCAACAUAAUUUGUAUUUUAACGGUCCACCAUGUCUGUCUCUGUCACCUCAACAAUGGGAUCCGUAUAUCCCAAUUAAUACAGCCGACCAACUACCUGAACGUAAGGUGGGAUCGUCAAAAGUGUUGGUCAUUCAAGAAGAGGAACAUGAGUGGUUUGAGCGGUUCUCCUCUUAUGUGCAAGCAGUCCGAACCACUGCACGUAUGCUUCGGUUCAUCUCGCGAUGCAGGAAGAAACCAAUUGACAAUGGACACUUAUCUCGAGAAGAGCUCGACCAGGCAGCACUUUUGAUUGCGCGGUCGUCACAAGGUUUUCACUUUAGUACGUUGAUUCGUGAGUUGUCGCAGGGGCGAGCGCCCUCGGCGCGAUUAUUGGCGCGUCUACGUCCGUUCCUUGACAGUGAAAAUCUGGUACGAGUUGGCGGUCGGUUGUCUAAAUCAGACUUGCCUGAUGAUCAAAAACACCCCGUGCUGUUGUCCAAGACCUCGCAUUUCUCCGUCCUUUUAAUCCGGCACUGGCAUGACAUCACAGGUCACAGUGGUCCGCAAAUCGUUUCUUCUUUGGUUUGUCGUCAAUAUUGGAUAUUAUCAGUCCGCACAUUAAUCCGUACGAUCAUUAGCCGAUGCACUACGUGCGUACGCAUUACGGCCAAAAAUCCUGAGCCAAUAAUGGCGGAUUUACCAGCGUCACGAGUGACAGAAUGCCACCCGUUUGCGAGGGUUGGAGUGGAUUAUGCGGGUCCCUUUUCCGUCAAAGAGAAUCGACUUCGGAAGCCGCGCCAGUACAAAAUGUAUCUUGCCGUAUUUGUGUGCUUCACGAUACGCGCGGUACAUCUUGAAUACGUAUCUGACAUGAGCACUGGGGCUUUUAUCGCAGCGUUACAUAGGUUCGUCGCACGCCGAGGUCUGCCUACCGACAUUUACAGCGAUUGUGGCACCAAUUUUGUUGGGGCAAACAAUUUGCUUCGCGCUCUAGUCGAUGAUCCCGCUUGCCGCGACCAACUAACGGCUAGUGUCCAUUGUACGUGGCAUUUCAAUCCUCCCGGUGCCCCUCAUUUCGGUGGGCUCUGGGAGGCAGCAGUUCGCUCAUCCAAAUCGCUGUUGACGCGCAUUAUGGGGGAGCACAAUUUCACCAUCGAAGAGUUCAGCACCGUCCUGAGUAGAUGCGAAGCUAUCUUAAAUUCUCGGCCGAUAACUCCCGCCUCGUCAGACCCCGCUGAACUUGAAUGCCUAACUCCGGGUCAUUUUCUGAUUGGCCGGCCGUUGUUGUCCGUGCCAGACCUGCCGAGGGCCGCGCCGGUCUGGAUCUCAAAAAAUGGUCAAGUAAUUUCCCCAUUGGACUUAGACUAUUUGACACCAGGUCAUUUUCUGAUUGGCCGACCAUUACUCGCCGUCCCUGAAGCGGACAUUCCACUUACGACUAAGCCCUUGGAGCAGCAGUGGAAGUUGGUCAGCCAAUGCGUGCAAGCAUUUUGGCGCCGCUGGCGUAGUGAAUACCUUCAAACACUCCAAAUCCGUAGUAAGUGGACCAAGGAUGCCCCCAACAUAGAGGUCAAUGAUAUAGUUGUAAUUAAAGACGCCCACGCUCCGCCGUUGAAAUGGCGCAUGGGGCGCGUGAUUGAGGUAAUACCCGGCUGCGUAUUUUGCAAAUGUGGGUACACUCAGAACCGGGUUGCUCUGAUUGGCCCAUUUGAAUUCCCGCUUUUUUCUUAUCACUUUAUUUCAAAUAUCACUUUAUAA